GGGAUUCGUGCGGCUGCGCGAGGCCCUUUGGGGGCCGCUGAAUUGCGGGAUUGUCCGAAGCGCUGGCCAGCUGCGAGCCCCGCCGCCGUCCCCGCGUCGCCCUGCUGCCGAUGGAGCCGGGACUGACCUGGCACCCGAGAGCCUGUCUGCAGCCUUUGGGUGCCCGAACGAGCAUCCCGCCUUCCCGCCCGCGGAUGGGAAGGAGCCCUUAACCACCGGCCCAGCCGGUAUCGUCUGUGCUUAAAUCCUGACAAGAACCAGUUGGGAACCAGCCCCAUAAUGAGACGCCUCUGGAUGCAGGGCCCGUCUCCGGCUGGGGCGGCUAUAAAAGGGAGCGCUGGGACGUGCGCCCGGCCCUCGGAUUCGGCUUUCGGCGAUGUGGGGUGGCUCCUGCGCCGUCUGGAAGAGGAGGGGAGCGUUUGGCCGCCAUGGCUCCUGGGAGGCGUCGGAGAGCUGCGUGGUGCAGACGUCCACCGGCAUCUACCGCAGGCUGCAGGAGAGCCCCGCGGCGUGCCCGGCCCCGAUGAGCGACGAGGCGCCCGAGGUGUGGGGGCCGCCGGAGCCCGGCUCCCCCGGCAGCCCCCCGCCACGGCUUGGCCGCUUCCCGGCGAGCGGGCGGCUCCUCAAGUCGGAGUCGGAGGACUCCGGGGUGGAGAUGGCCAGCAACGAGCACUCGCCCUCCACCCCGCUGGGCUCCGAGAGCAGCUUCUCCCUUGACGGCUUCCAGCCCGCCCGUGGUGACCCGGAGAAGAGCCGCCUCGGCGAGGAGCCGGCGCCGCGUGAGCGGCCUCCCCGCGGCCUCUCGGCCAGCAAGAAGCUGGCGCAGGCCGUGCAGCGCUCGCGGAGGCGGCGGGUGCCCAGGCGCUCCCCACCGCCGCUGGGCCGCCGCAGCGCCAGCACGGCCGACCUGGAGGUGCUGGCUCGGGGGGCAGAGCCCCGGGGGGACCCCGGUGCGUCCCAGGAGCUGUGGGAGCCGAGCGCAGAGCCCCUGGAGGGUGACGGCCAGCCGGAGGCCUCGCCGCCCGCGCCGGGCCAGGGGCUGCGCUACCUGGAGCGCGUCUGCCGGCUGCUGGAGAGGACGGCCCAGCUGCAGCACGCCCACCGGCAGCUCCGGCAGCAGCAGGCGGCGGAGGGCCGUCGGCCCGCGGCCAGCGCCCCGGCCACGCCCGCGCUGGAGGAGCCACGGAGGAGCGUCCGGGCCCGCUCGUCCUCGGAGAGCCAGGCGCCGGCAGAGCGGCGGCGGAGCCCAGCGCCGCAGCAGAGAGCCCCGAGGCUGCCGGAGCCGCCGCCAUCCCCACGCGGGCCAGCCGCUGCCAUGGAGGCCGGGCGCCGGGGCGGGCGCUGGGGCCGCCUCGGGGCGCUGCUGAGGCGCGGCGCCCGCCCCGCGUAGGGCCCCCACAAUAAAGCGGCGCUUGGGCCCGCGGCA